UUAAAUAUGCAGUGUCAAAGUACAUUGACUCUUACAGAGUUAUUACUACAACAGUUGGAGUAAGAUACCGCCCAGUGUUGGUGAAAAAGUACGUUGUUAAAAGACGCAGUGUCAGACGUACUCUGGAAAGCUCCGCCCACCUACGACUCGUCUCAAACGGACCACACAUUUUCACGGCGCCAUUUUCUUCAUGUGGAAUGACUGCGGGAGCAUGCUGCUUAAAGCUAAACUUGGAGAUGUCCAAAAAUUUGUCAGAAUAACUGAGCCAAAUCUGAAAGACUUUUUGAUUGCAGCAUUUGCAAAGUUUGGUGUCCCAGCUGUAACAGAAGAAUCUGUCUCCAUGGUGGCCUCUUCUGAGCAAUCCCAACCAUCAUCCCUUGAUACCUUGGACUCUGAGGAUACAGUCAUUAUUUCAGAUAGCCCCUCCAGAAAACGCCAGAGGCUGGAUACAGAAGCCAAGCAAUUGGUGGAAUCAGCUCUUACCAACAAAACCGGUGGGGAACGUAUAAUAAAUGAAUACAACCGAACCAAGUCCUUGACGGAUGAAACAAGACGCAAAAUGGUGAACAUGCUGGCAGCUGACAUGACAGAAAUGAAUGGUACAUCUCCACCCAGACAGGUGAAAGAAAUGUAUGCCAAAGGAAUAGUGACCUUAUUCCCGUACCUCAGUGACCCAUUCUCUAAGAAUGGCUAUGAGCAUUAUUAUGAUGGCGAGAGUGGAACUGGGUACUUGGCCUGGAGGAUUAAAACUAUUCAGAGAGGCACCGCCAAAGACAGGCGAUCAUCAUUCGGAGAAUCAGCCAAAGGAUCAACUGGUGAAGACAUGUCUGGAGGACCGACUGUCAGACGAGAAUCCCAGUUUGUUCCAGAGACUGCCCUGACUGAUGAUGAGUGCAACAAAGCAAUCUCACUGAUGAAACAUUCUGCUGAUGCAGACACAAUCAAGAAGAAAAUGGAACUGGCGUUUGUGUAUCGCCGCAAAAUGAUCCUCGACCCCCAGCAGUCAAGCAACAUACUGUCUGAGUUUCCACGUUUUAAAGACGUCAAAAGCUUGGUUGAACAGGAUUUUGUUCUAAUGUUCGGAGAGGAUACCUCAAGCAAGCUUCUGGAAAGGUGGCCGGUCACGUUCAAGAAAAAGAUCAUCAAACAAUGCAGAAAGCUUCCAUCCACAAGUGAGCUUGAAGAACUCUUGCUGGCAGCUGAUCCUCCUGAGGAUGGCACUGAAUUGGAUGUUGACUUUGGUUGGGACAGUGAUCUGUCAUCGGUUUUACUGCUUAUACACCUGAUUCCACCCUCCGCUCAGGGUCGGAAGAGACCAGGAAAGGUUUCCGCAUCCCAAGCAGAGAAACAUCUUGUGGUAUUCAAGAAGACCGGAACAAACAUUCAAGAGCAUCUCGAUGCCAUCACUACUAGCGCUCAGCCCUAUCUCCUAGCUGUUGGAGUUAAGAAGAAUGCAAUCCACCAGUUCUUCAUCAUUAUCGACAAGAAUGCCAUACCUUGCAGGUCAACCUCUUCUCUUGUUGCUUUUGACGAACUAUUUAAGGCACAUUUUGUGUUUGGCACAUCCUACAACACCAUGCUCCACAACAUGUACACUUUCAUCCAAACUACAGUGUACAGCAUCGAUGCUGGCAAGGUCAAAGAGAGCCCUCGUGUUGCUGAAAUCAGGGCGAGGUUACUUCAUUAGUGCUUGAAGUUUCUCCUCGAACAUGAAGUGUUUUGUUUGUCAGGCUGAGUUAUCGAGUUCAAAUAUGCUUGUUAGGCAUUUACGAUUAGUUCACGGUUACUUGCCUGGAAAAAAUCUCCGGCUUAAAUGUGCUCAGACUGGAUGUGGCUGUGCGUUUGGUACGUUUUCUGGUUUUAGGAAACAUUUAAACACAAAACACACUGAGUAUAUUGACCAACAGGUUGACCCUGAUGUUUAUUUAAGCAGCAUUGGAGAGGCAGUGACCACUAAUGUAGAGGAGACAGCUACAACGUCACGGACAGUUAAUGAACACGAGGUAGCCACAUCUACUCUGUUGAAAAAGUCCAACAGGAGCACUCUAGAUAUGUGUGCCUCUGCUGUUGCACAACUAAAAGCAGCUGGAUUAAGUCAAUCUACUGUAAAUAGUUUUGUUUCCUCCAUGGAAGAAGUGUUUUUUGAGAUUCAAAGUCAAGCUACAGAUGCAGCUUUGCAGUGCUUAUCUCCACAGGAAACUGAAAAUAAGAACAGAAUAGAACAAUCUUUGCAAAAGUUGGAAAACCCUUUCACACCCUUAAAUUCAGAAGCUAAACGAAAUAAACACUUCAAAGAGAAAUGGGGAAUCGUAGAACCUGUUGAAAAUGUGCUUGGCACAAGAUUUGACAGCAGAAGAAACAAAACAACUGGGACAUACGAUCAGGUCGUUGUAACUGACAAGUUUGCAUAUAUUCCUAUUUUAGAAACACUAAAGGCCAUUUUUCAAAACCCAGAACUUGCAGACAUGUUCAAGCCCAGGCACAUGCCCAAAGGAAGGUGUGUAUGCAGACUUGAGAGAUGCCGCCUAUUUUAAAAAAAGUCCCUUAUUCUCUAUAGAAAAAGAUGCCAUACAGAUCCAGCUAUUUUAUGACGACUUUGAAACAGCAAACCCCUUGGGGUCUAAAAAGGGUAUACACAAAUUAGGUGCUAUAUACUUUACAUUAAGGAAUUUUCCCCCAAUCUUUAAUUCAUCAUUGAUAAAUAUUCAUUUGGGUGCUCUUUUCCAUGCGCAGGACAUCAAGCGUUAUGGUUUUAAUUUGAUACUUGAGCCACUUGUCAGUGAUCUUAAAGUACUCGAGACAGAGGGACUUAAAGUUCCCAGAUUGAAAGAUGUGAUUCACGGUACCAUAGUUCAGGUCACUGGUGAUAAUCUUGGGUUGCAUGGUUUAUUUGGCUUUGUGGAGUCAUUUGGGGCAAGGUAUUGUUGUCGUUUCUGUCUCCUUGAGAAAGAUUGUUUUCAAACUGUGUUCUGUGAAGAUGAUCCAAAAGUUGUACUACGAACUAUCGAGAUGCACAAACUGCACUGUCAAACUUUACAAACAGAUCCUACACUACCUCAUAUCUAUGGUGUCAAACGCAUUUGUCUGCUGAAUUCACUACAGUAU